CUUGCCCAGGUGAAUUGCCGCUUCUGGAUUUCGCCCGAGCAAUUCACCCGCACAAGAUGGCGUCGCACCAUCCCCGGAUUCUCCUCACGACGCCAGUGCCGCCUUGGUAAUUCUCCGCCUUGCCUUGUUGGCGCUCCCCAGGUUUCCGCCUUGCCCAUGGGCUAUCCUAUCCGUUGGCCACCCGUUGUCGGCCCGGCAAGUCCAUUGGCUCGUCCCGACACGACGGCGCGACCGGACGUCCCGGCGACUGGCCACGGUGAGCCCACGAUAACCGUCUGCAGCUGCAUCGUGACACGCCAGAUGGAGAUGGGGAGUCGGUGACUCCCACGCCGGUCCGUCCAUCCUUCUCCACAGAAAGCCAUGGCGAGGCCAUUUAAGACGACUCGACUGCGGUGCCAUGUUGGCUGGCCGUCGUCGACCGCUCCCUAUCCUCGCGACGUAACCUCUGCCAGCCCCAAAACCUCGUCGUCGCCAUGACCGUCACCCCCCGUGAGAAGCAGUGGUGGAAGCAGGCCGUCAUCUACCAAAUCUACCCGGCGUCGUUUUGCGACUCCAACGGCGAUGGCGUCGGAGACCUCCCCGGCAUCACGUCCAAGCUCGACUACAUAGCCAGCUUGGGCGUCAAUGUCAUCUGGAUCUGCCCCAUGUACGACAGCCCUCAGGUCGACAUGGGCUAUGAUAUUUCCAACUAUGAGGACGUCUACCGGCCCUACGGCACCCUCCAGGACAUGGAGACGCUCAUCAAGGAAACGCACGCCCGCGGCAUGCGCAUCAUGCUCGACCUCGUCAUCAACCACACUUCGGACCAGCACGCCUGGUUCAAGGAGUCGCGCGCCAGCAAGGACAGCCCCAAGCGCGACUGGUACAUCUGGAGGCCCGCCAAAUACUCCCCCUCCGGCGAGCGUCUGCCCCCUAACAACUGGCGGUCCAACUUUGGCGGCGGCAGCGCCUGGGAGUGGGACGAGCUGACGCAAGAGUAUUUCCUCCACCUCUUCGCCGUCGAACAGCCAGACCUCAACUGGGAGAACCCCGAGACCCGCAAAGCCAUUUACGCCUCCUCCAUGGAGUUUUGGCUCGACCGUGGUGUCGACGGCUUCCGCGUCGACACGGUCAACAUGUACAGCAAGCCGCCCACCCUGCCUAACGCGCCCAUUGUCGACCCCGGGACGCCCUACCAGCCGGCUGGCUUGAUCUACUGCAAUGGCCCUCGCAUGCACGAGUUUCUGGGUGAAAUGAAUGCCAUCCUCACCAAGUACGGCGCCAUCACCGUCGGCGAGCUGCCUUGCACGCCCGACACGCAGCGCGUGCUGCGAUACGUGAGCGCAAAGGCUAAACAGCUCAACAUGGUCUUCCAGUUUGACGUUGUCGACGUCGGCGGCGGCACCACUCAUAGAUUCGCCACGACGCCCAAGAACUUUGGGCUCCCUGACUUCAAGGCCGCCGUCGACCUGACGCAGGCUCUCAUCCGCGGCAGUGAUGGCUGGUCCACAGUCUUCCUUGAGAACCACGACCAGGCGAGAUCGGUCAGCCGCUUCGCCGACGACCGCCCCGAGUACCGCGUCCGCAGCGCCAAGUUGCUGGCGCUGAUGCAGGCGUGCCUGAGCGGCACGCAGUACGUCUACCAAGGCCAAGAGAUUGGCCUCGUCAACGCCCCCAAGGACACCUAUCCCGUGGAAAACUACCUGGACAUCGACAGCUCAUUGUUCUACAAGAUGGUCAAGGAGCGGUAUGGUGCCGAUAACAAGGCUGAGCUCGACAAGGCAUUCGCCGCCAUGCAGUACAUGGCCAGGGAUCACGCGCGCCUGCCCAUGCCCUGGAACGGGAAGGGCAAGUACGGCGGCUUCUCCAAGGCGGCCGAGGCGGCCGGGAAGGACGUCAAGGAGCCGUGGAUGAAGCACCAUCCGCUCAGCGGCGAGAUCAACGUGGCGUCCCAGCUCGAGGACCCGGACAGCGUGUUGGCGUUUUGGCGCAAGAUGCUACGCUUCCGCCAGGAGCACGCCGAUUUGCUCGUCUACGGCGACUUCAAGGACCUGCGACCUCAAGACAAGGAGCUCUUCGUCUUUGUCAAGGAGCCGCUGCAGGGCGGCGACAGGGUUCUCAUCGUGCUGAAUUUUGCCACGGAGGACAGGUCGUGGCAAGUGCCCAGUGCCGCAGAGUUCGGUCUCCCAGAGGCGCCUAAGCUGGUACCGAUCAUGUCAACACAUUCUGGAAAGGCUAGAGAGGGCGUGCUGGGGGCAUUGGAGGGGCAAGUGUACUUGAUCAGUUCCUAAAGUAGACUGUGCGGUGGCCGGGUACGCGAAGCAUUAGGACAGGAUAGAGCCUCUCCAGCGAGACGUGCACUCCACUCAUUCUCAU